AUGGCAACAGACUCCAAGCCAUCCCAACCCCUCGUCUUCUACGACAUCACCUCGAGGCCACCGGUGGAGGAGACAUGCUUCUCACCUAACCCCUGGAAGACGAGACUGGCGCUCAACUUCAAGAACCUCCCGUACUCGACAAAGUGGGUGCCUUUACCCAACAUCCCCAAAGUUCGCAAAGGUUUAGGCGUGCCCGCCUGUCGCAAAUUCGGCGAUGGCACGGACUUCUACACUCUCCCCAUCCCACUCGACUACACGUUUAGGAGCCAGUACAUCCUCGUGCCGCUCUCGGAGUGCAACAACAGCGAAUUUCCCGAGUACGCCAAAUUCAACGUCAACAUCGACGCAGCCUUCACCGCCCACGUCCAGCUAACGGUGGACGGGUUCCCCUUCGACCCCGACUACGCCGACGCCACCAAGGCGGAGUUUGUGCGACGAGCCGGCGUCCAGCGCUGGGAGGACUUCUCCCUAGCCCGCGAGGCUCGAGAGAAGAUGAAGGAUUCUUUCCGGGAGAUGUUGGGCGAUUUACUUCCCUUGUUCGCGACGGGUGGGCCUUUUCUGCUGGGAGCCAAGGCGAGCUACGCGGACUUGUGCAUCGGUGCUUGGCUUCAUUCCAUCUAUGCCAACCUCGACAUCAUCACUCUGAUGGCGCCUAGCGGCAAUUAUAUCGAAGAAGUCUCCGCAACACUCGUUGUUGGCGAUGUCCCCAAUCCGAUCACCGGAGAUAUCGCUCUAUGGAGCGCCAUCAUGAUGGACAAGCAGGACUUUUUGCAGGGAGUGACGCAGAAUUCACCUCCAGGGCUGUACGAACACUGCCGGUCCAUACGAUACUGCCAAAACCUCGGCCAGAACUGGUGCAAUUUUGCGUACAACUACGGCAAUGGAAACGUCGAAGCAGGCGUCCCCGUGAUCGCGCCUCCCGGCUCUCGUAUAAAGACCCAUUACAAGCUCAAUCCAGACACGGAUAAAUGGGAGCAGAAGCUAUACAUCAAUGAUGAGCUCGUUUCUGAGCUUACUUCGAGCCAGGGCCAACGCGGUUCCAUCUUCUACAUCUCCACAGAGUGCGCGGCUCCACCAUGCGCUGCCGCUCCCGCCCACAGUAAAUUCCAACCCCCACCCUGCUGGGAAGAUGUCUCAGUCGUCCUCGACGCGGCAAACGUGCGUUUUCUGCACAGCGGGGCUUGGAUGCACGGGGCUACAGGCGGCCAGAUGACCACGAUCGAUGCCGGGAAGACGUGGAAUUUUACAACGCUCUCCAUCCCGGAGACUAAGCCUUGA